AUGCCAUUCGUGCACAUCGCGUGGUUACCAAAAGCGUGCAGAACGGCGGAAGUGCGCAAGGAAGUCGCCUCAGCCGUGAUCAAAGCGUUGGUUUCGGUGAAAAGCGCGGAGAUUUCGGCGGAUAAAGUCGUCGUUCGAUUUAGCGAGUCCGUGGACGGCUUUCAACUUCCAGAAGGACACACGCACGAAAACGUGGAUUUACCGGCAGAAAAGAAGUAA